AUGCAGCUCCUGAUUAUCUUCGCCUCAGUGAUCGGGGCGGUCGUCUCCGAGGGUUAUGGCAGCGGCGGAGGAGGCUUCGGCGGCGGUGGCGGCGGCGGCGGUGGCGGCGGCGGCGGCGGCGGCGGUGGCGGAGGAGGAGGAGGAUACGGCAGUGGAGGAGGAGGCGGUGGAGGCUUUGGCGGUGGCUUUGGAGGAGGCUUUGGAGGAGGCGUCUCUUCUGGAGGAGGAGGAGGAGGAGGUUAUGGGGGUGGUAAUGGAGGAGGGUCUUGUGGUGCUGGCCAAGUGCGUCACGUUGACGGUAGCUGCGUCACGCCCCUGGUGACCCGCAACCUGUACGUCUACCGCGCCCCUGAUGUAGAACCCAUCGAGGGAACCGCUCCCCAGUGCCCCCCGCCCCGCGUAAACCACAACAUCAUCUUCAUCCACACUCCUGGGGAUCUCGCUGACCAGCAGCCCGUCGUGGUGCCUCCCCCUCAGCAGAAGAACGUGGUGUACUUGCUGAGCAAGAGGCCUCAGCAGGACCAGCAGGUGAUCCACGUGCCGGCACCCGAGCAGCAGGCGCCAGAGAUCUUCUUCGUCAAUUACGCCGAUGGAGAGAACCCGUCCCUGCCCACCGGAGGCGACCUGCAGUCCGCCCUCAGCACGGCGUCGCAGGGCAGCGCUGGAGGCGUCAUCGGCGGCGGCGGCGGCAGCGGUACUGGCAUCGGUGGCGGUUACGGUGGCGGCAGCAGUGGUGGUGGUCAUGGCAAUGGCGGCAACGGCGGCGUCGGUAGUGGCGGCUACGGCGGUGGCUUCGGAGGUGGCAAUGGUGGUGGCUUCGGAGGUGGCUUCGGCGGUGGUAAUGGCGAUGGCGGCUACGGCAGCGGAGGCGGGCAGCGGCGGUGGCUUUGGAGGUGGCAAUGGUGGUGGCUUCGGAGGUGGUUUCGGCGGUGGUAACGGCGAUGGCGGCUACGGCAGCGGAGGCGGCAGUGGCGGUGGCUUUGGAGGUGGCAGUGGUGAUGGCUUCGGAGGUGGCAGCAGCGAUGGCGGCUACGGCAGCGGCGGUGGCUUCGGAGGGUGGCAGUGGUGGUGGCUUCGGAGGGUGGCAGCAGCGAUGGCGGCUACGGCAGCGGCGGUGGCUUCGGAGGUGGUAGUGGUGGUGGCUUCGGAGGUGGCAGUGGUGGUGGCUUCGGAGGUGGCUUCGGCGGUGGUAGCGGCGAUGGCGGCUACGGCAGCGGAGGCGGCAGCGGCGGUGGCUUCGGAGGUGGCAGUGGUGGUGGCUUUGGCGGUGGCAGUGGCGGGUGGCUUCGGUGGUGGCAGCAGCGAGUACACUGCCCCAGCGCCCACUCCUCCUUCAAGCGUCUAUUUCCACCCCUGAUGUGCUCCAGCCAGCCUUGGGGGCGACUCCUCCGGCGGCAGAUUCCCUUUUCUUCCUUCUCAGGUCUUUAACUUGUUGAUUCUUGCGUGACUCGUGUUGACUGCGACCCGAUCCGAUGACGGGAAAAUAAAUGUGACA